AAACGAAAAAAAAAUCGCUUAGGCAAGUAUGGCAAGUGACAAACGAGUCGUUACCACCUGCGAUUGUAAAGUAUGCAAUGGAAUUCGCUCACGCUUGAAUAAAAUUUUCGUAGUGUUGGAAACUUACGGAUGGCUUUUGGACACUUACAUAGUGGAUUUUUUCGUUGACAAUGUAUGGGAUAAAUUACCUUCUCGGUGGAGAAAUAUUCUGGGCGAUGUUGAUUCCGAGGAGUUGGGAAAUUGGGUGAUGGGAAAAAAAUCAAGCACACGUGUGUGGCCCCUUUCACUGUUGGCCUUACAAAAAACGAUAAAAACAUUAGAAAUAAACCGAGACCAUGAAAAUAAAGAAACACUAAGAUGUAGUGGAUAUCGAAACAAAAAGUUUGAAAAUUUACCAUCAGAAACAUCAGAUUCGUUGCCUGCGUUGCCUGGAACAAAACGGAAACGAAUCGACACAAAGCAUCAAAAAUUGUUCACUAAAUCUGUCAAAAAGAAAAAGUGCCAUGAAGUUGAAAACAUUGCUCAGACAACGUCGGAAUGUGCUGAGGUUGCAAAGUGCGAAUGUAUUGUUGACAUUGGAGCUGGAAUGGGUCAUUUGGCACGAACAUUGGCAUACAAUUAUGGACUGGCGGUUGUGUGUUUAGAACAAGAUAAAUUACUUUCGCAGCAGGCAAAGAUUUUCGAUGACAGAUUGUCUGUUGAAUUAAGGAAGAAAAUACCAAAGAUCGUGCUGAGAAACCCUCGUCACAUUUCCACAAGGAUUGUGGAAUCAGAUAUACUUGGUAAAGGGUUGAUGGGAAAAUUAAAAAAUGAAUUUACUAAAAAUUUCAUUUUGAAUCAGUCGCAACAUGGUUUUGGUCUCAUCGGUCUUCACACUUGUGGGGAUUUGGCAGCCAACUUGAUACGAUUGUAUUCGCAUCAUAAUGAAAUUAGAUUCAUCUGUAUUGUCGGUUGUUGUUACAUGAAAAUCACUUGUGGCAUCAAGGACACAGGCUCGUUUGGUUAUCCCUUAAGCAAUUGCGUCUCCCUGAUGAAGAAUCACGAAUUUUCUUAUGCUGCUCUAGAAGUAGCUUGCCAUGCGAUCGAAAAUCAUUGUGAAAAGUUGAUAACGGGAGACUAUCAUGACUUAUUGGUUCACGCUUACAGAGCUACAUUAGAAACGAUUCUAGUAGAAAAGAGUGGGGAAAGUAUAAGACGCUCACAUUUGAAGAAUGUUAAACUGAAGGGAAAUAUGACGUUUGAAAGAUACUGUACAAUAGCCACUGAGAACCUACACCCAGUAAAUCGACCCGAUCCCGAGGACCUUAAAACUUUCGAGGUGGAGAAACGUUUAGAGCGAUGGCGUGAAGUCGUUGCCUUUGGAACAUUGCGAUUUUUUCUGGCUCCGCUUGUCGAAACUGCAGUGUUAUUCGAUCGAUUUCUUUACUUAUCAGAGAAAAAUUUGUUGCCUGUAUUACAUCCGGUAUUCGAUCCAAAAAUAUCACCUCGGAAUAUCGUAUUGACUUCAUGCAAAUAAAGAAUGAAUAUUCUGUCACUUUA